AUGAUAUGGGAACAAGAUACCCGGACAAUUGUCAUGAUGACAAAUUUACAAGAGAAAGGCAGAGUGAGUGUUAAAUAAUAAAUUACAACAAUUCGACUGAGUGUAACUCGCGGGUAACUCGCAUUACGUAGUUAUUAUGUAAUUCUGUACUGACCAGCAUCAAUUUUCAUUUGCAGAUAAAAUGUGACCAGUAUUGGCCUAACCAAUCUUCAGAGAAAUUUGGUAAUAUAUCUGUUGUUGUGUUAGAGACUGUGGAAUUGGCGCACUACACAGUUCGUACGUUUAGACUAUGCAAGGUAAAUACUGUAUACAUAACUAGUGUACAUGUUCAUGAAAUAUCAUGCAAUAUAUGAUGAUACUCCCAUAGAAGAUUUAUUAUAAUAGUUCAGUGGGUCCUCUCGACAGGCCUAGUGUAUGUGUCGUACAGUGUUCUAUCACAGUGUAUCUCAUUUUAACCUCUGAGACUGACUUCAAAUUCUGCAGUAUGAAGUUGUAUGAUAAUUCUGCCUCAGUACGUCACUUUGGCUAUAGAGCCUCGUUUUCGUGAUCGAGAUAUUAGGCUUUAACUAAUGUCAGAAUACCCGAAAACGAGGCUCUAUAGCCAAAAUGACUUACUUUCCGAAAGAGUCUAUUACAUCUGAAAAGCUUGUUACGGCUCGCUAAAUACCGUUUUCCUGUCACAGCACUGGACCAUUAAGGUAUUGGCAGUAUUGGACCUAAUUGGGAGAACAGUCUAGAACUGUUAGGGAUAUUGAGUAUAAAUAAAGCUAGUGUACUUUACCUUAGUUUUGGAUAUAUCUGACAAUAUUUGUUAUAUAAAAUACUCUACAAAUUAAUUUUACAGGAUGGUCAAAGCGACAAAUCUAGAGAGAUCAAACAGUAUCAAUACACAGCCUGGCCAGAUCACGGCGUGCCACAUUAUUCUACAUCAUUAUUAUGUUUCAUUAGGAAAGUUAGGUUAGCAAAUCCAUCUGACGCAGGACCAGUCAUUGUUCAUUGCAGGUAAGAUUGGAUAUUUGAAACAAAAUUGUCUCAGGGAGCGUUUGAAAUGUCUGUUUAUUAGGGUUGUCUGCUGGAUAGAGGUGGGGUUAAUAUAAUGGCGUGCAGUUUGUGAACUGCGACGUAGUUGUUGGUUAGGGAUGUCUAUCAGAUAGAGUAUCUGAUAAAUGGAAGUUCCAGAGUAUAACCAUAGAUGGAGUCCUUUAAAAUAUGCCUCUAUUUUGAAACUAUGAUUGUCUUCAGUGAUAUGUAGGUCUGUCUGGUUUCAUUUUCUUUUACCUGCAGUAAUUAUGGUUACUUGUACGUUCUGACAAUUCCUUUCCUCAUUUUUCUUACAUGAAGUGCUGGUGUUGGCAGAACAGGAGUGUUUAUUGUCAUAGAUUCUAUGCUUGAAAAAAUGCGUCGAGAACAGUCUGUUGACGUGUACGGUCACGUGACACUACUUCGAUCACAAAGAAAUCACAUGGUUCAAACGGAGGUACAAUAUCUUUUCAUGACUGAGGCGAUUCGCUAAAAUCUAUGUAAGAAGUCGAUUAAACAGCCCAAAAGUGUUUGAGAACUUAACGUAUAGAUGACGUAUAGUCAAGAUGACGUAUAGAGAAAGUGUCGGAUAUUACAAUUCCCUAGCCCUUUUAAUCUGCCUGUAUUGACACGGAAAUCCUGUCGCACUAUGGAGUAUGGAUAUCAUAUUAGGGGCAAUAUAGUGGGACCUAGAUGUGUACACGAUCUUUGCAGUGAAAACAAGUCUCGCUGUUUAUAGUAGCCUGCGAAGCUGGCCGUAUUAGCGGGUACGAGAUUUGACCGUUUGCCACGCAGGCUAUGUUUAUAGGUUCCUAACCCUCUCUGUUUAACCCAUGUUUUAUCUCAGAGAUUUUAUCGACUCAUUGAUCUAGCAGGAUUUAAUUAAGUGCAGCAUUGCCUUUAAUGCAAAUUGAUAGAUAAGCCCCAAUAGUUUAAUAGUUAGCCCCAUUCAGAGUAAAUUUUAUCUGGAAAAUGUAUAUGUAUAAAUGGAGCUGCAAUGUAUUUGGGGACCCACAAUUUGUUUCUACAUUGUUCACUUGCACAUUGCAUACCGUAAGUUUAACAGAGUGUAUAUAAGUUCUUUGUAUGUUUGCAUGGCGAUAAAAUACUGCAAUAAUAAAUUAGAUUACUGCAAUAAUAAAUUUACGUGGUGUUUCCACAAACAAAACUAUUAUAGAGUGUAUAUACUUUGUAGGUCGAUUCAUCCUCGUCCCCAGGGCGGGAUGAGGCCGAUUAGGAAAUUAACUUCGGCUCGGACCUAUGAGAGUUUGUCCUUAUUUGUUUUUCGUUCAUGUUUUAGGAACAAUAUAUAUUUAUUCAUGAAACCUUACUAGAAGCAGUGUUAUUUGGUAACACAGAAAUACAUGCAUCUGAUCUUUCACAAUAUUACAAGAAACUCAAUGAAAUUGGUGUGAAUGAAACUACGACAUCGAAGAACAUUUCAAGGUAAUGACGUCUCUGUCGCUAGGUGAUAUUAAAAUGUCCUUUAAGUGUGCGUGUGAACGAUAGAAAGAAUAUAUAGCGUGUGUACAUGAUGUGUGCGUUCUGCUAUAAUUCUGCCAUUGUGUGAAGCUAGAUUUACCAAUUCAAUAUCCACUGUAUUAUAAUUUCUUUUUUGUACACAUCAUAUUACAACAUUGUGUUCACCAAACCAACUAAAUUUUCUUUUUCUGUAGCAACUAAGUGUAUUUUGUCACACACAUCGGUUUGUCACCCCCAUCCUUGCUGCGAACAAAUCAAAGAAUAGAUACCCAAAGAUUAUUCCAUGUAAGAACUAAGUUGUUGUAUUUGUAACCAUUGAGCAUGCCUUAGCUAUACAUAAAUGUAAAUAAUUUGCCGUCCAGAAUAGGGCAAGCAAGAAAAGUUUGCCUGACCACGGUGGGAAUCGAACCCGCAACCUUUGGGAUACUAAUCUUUACCAGCAGUGUUCAAUAAACAUACUUUUCAUCUUACGUGUCUAGAUGAACAUUCCCGAGUUGAUCUUGUCCCAGUACGAAGUGUUGAUGGAUCAAAUUAUAUUAAUGCCAGUUAUAUUGAUGUAAGUAUUUUUCUGCAUUCACUUCGGUUGGAUGCAACGUUUGGUAUGCAAGAAAGAUAACACAUUUUAAAUUGUAUAUCAAGGUCAAAAUUAUUAGUUGAAAUUUCUGCAAAAUAAUGGGACUAACUAAACUUUUGGUUGCGUUUUAUGAAAACGGUUUCAAAAGUUAAGCCUUGUUUUGACUGACAGAGGUUUACCUUUGGGUUCCACUGAAUGUGAAAAUCCAUUCUUUGUGUUGGGUUACCUCUAAGGACCCGUUCAAGCGGACCCAAUUAUAACAUUGUUGACCAAACACCAUUCAACAAUUUUCAAACAAUGUUUUAUGCCGUUUCUUUCACAAAUAUUUUAAAGCAAAGAUUUUCAAUUUGGGUAAAUGUCCUUAUUAAAAAGGUUUGAAAAAAAGGCAUAGUUGAACUUAAUAUUUCAACGUUAUUGCAUGACUCUGGGCCAACAUGAUUGUUGGGAUCCUUUUGAGCGGGCCUUAAAACUUACCUGCCAUGUAUUAUCCAUUCCUUUUGUACUAUGAUCUCAUAAAUAUCUUAUAUAAACUAGGUAGUGCAUCUAAUUAUCUGCAAUUCAAAAAUUGAAGCCGUGAUUGCAGACUCAGGAUAUUCCCACGAAAUGAGAAGAUUCGUAUGUUUUCUAUUUCUUAAAUAGUGAACUUAAACAUCAAGUUAAACUUAUUCCAAAUACGUUUUUAAACUAUUCAAAUGAUGAAAGUUGUUGUUUUUUAAGCGUUUAUUAGCGAGUGGGAACCACCAACAUGGCCGCCAUAUUCAAAUGGGGGUAACCGCUGGAAUGUUCUUGGCUUCAAUUUUACUAAGAGAUGCGCUAUCUAGUCCUAGAUAUCUUAUAUAAGAUAUCUAUGUAUCUGGUGUAUAUAAAAUAUCACGUUCUUCUCUCUUGUACAUCUCAGUGACAAAAUGUUUUAUCACAUUAUACAUGCAGGGUUAUAAACAACGUCGUACGUAUAUUGCUGCACAAGGUCCACUUGAAGAGACUGUGAACGACUUCUGGCGAAUGAUCAUGGAGAAGAAAUCAAACAUCGUAGUCAUGCUCUCUGGCACAGAUGACAAUGAUCAG